CUAGCUUCUCUCUCUACCUCUCUUUCUCUAUCUUCUUCUUAUCACUACUCUCUUAUCAUGAACGAUCCUGAUAAUCCCGAUCUGACCAACGACGACUCUGCUUGGAGACAACUGACAUCUCAAGAUUCUGACUUCUUCGACAGAGACACUUCCAAUAUCCUCUCUGACUUCGGAUGGAACCUCCACCACUCCUCCGAUCAUCCUCACACUCUCCGAUUCGACUCCGAUUUAACACCAACCACCGGAGUCAAACCUACCACCGUCACUUCUUCUUGUUCCUCAUCCGCCGCCGUUUCUGUUGCCGUUACAGAGGUUUCCACCUCUAAUAAUAAUAAUCCCUCCGCUACCUCAAGUUCAAGUGAAGAUCUGGUCGAGAACUCAACCGCCUCCGCCGAGAAAACACCACCACCGGAGACACCAGUGAAGGAGAAGAAGAAGGCUCAAAAGCGAAUUCGGCAACCGAGAUUUGCAUUCAUGACCAAGAGUGAUGUGGAUAAUCUUGAAGAUGGAUACCGAUGGCGUAAAUAUGGACAAAAAGCCGUCAAGAAUAGCCCAUUCCCAAGGAGCUACUAUAGAUGCACAAACAGCAGAUGCACGGUGAAGAAGAGAGUAGAACGUUCAUCCGAAGAUCCAUCGAUUGUGAUCACAACAUACGAAGGACAACAUUGUCAUCAAACCAUUGGAUUCCCUCGUGGCGGAAUCCUCACUGCACACGAUCCUCAUAGCUUCACAUCUCAUCACCAUCUCCCUCCUCCAUUACCAAAUCCUUAUUAUUACCAAGAACUCCUUCAUCAAAUUCACAGAGACAAUAAUGCUCCUUCACCGCGGUUACCCCAAUCUACAACUGAAGAUGCACCUGCCGUGUCUAACCCAUCAGAGGAAGGCUUACUUGGUGAUAUUGUCCCUCAAACUAUGCGCAAUCCUUGAGUUAAGCUUGGUAACAACAGCUAAGGAGGUGCUAACUCAUUAUAGAAGAGAUUGCAGACCGGACAAUGCAGGGAGGAUAUAAAACCAAUAUGGCGUU